AUGAAGAAUGGAAAAUCUGGUGGAGACGAUGGGAUUAGCGCAGAAAUGCUGAAAUAUCUUCUUCCGCCUGGGAUUCGUGAGCUGGCUAAGAUCAUCCGUUCAAUAUGGAUAGACGAAAGGGUGGUAACUGGAGAAAGACAAGGGGCAGUGGCAGGACUAUUCCUGUUCAAUUUCGCUAUCGACGACAUUACGCGAAGAACAUUAGAUCAGUGUCCUGCCAAGAUCAUUCUAGCACCAUCAGGAUGCCCCUUGAUCGAUCUUAAGUUUGCUGACGAUGUUAUUAUAUUCGCGGAAAGCAGCACGAAACUUCAACAUGUUGUCAACUUUGUAUCGAAGCUGGCUGCAGCCCAUUGA